AUGGUAAUUCAAUGGUUCCAGAUGAAGGUUGGCUUGAUGUUUUUGAAUCAUAAAUGGGACAAAAAGAUUGUAACAGAAGAAACAAGCAAGUUCCCUGAACUUACUCUUCAGUCUGAAACCGAGCAACGCCCUCACAAAGUUAGCUUCAAAGUUGAGAAAGAAAAGGCUCAAGAAGUAAUGAAAAAUCUUUCUGAAAUUCUUGUAAAACGAGGGCUAGAUGUGAAAAUAAUAUAUAGUGGUGGGAUGGAUUUGGAUAUACUACCCCAAGGUGCUGGAAAAGGACAAGCACUUGCUUAUUUGCAUAAAAAGAUGGUAGCCGAGGGGAAAUUACCAAAAAACACCCUGGCUUGUGGGGAUUCUGGGAAUGAUGCUGAGCUGUUCACCAUUCCAGAUGUACACGGUGUCAUGAUGAAACAUGUGCAGCUGUCAAAGUUUUACUUGUUUCUUGAGAGGUGGUUUCGUGGUGAUAUUGAGAAUCCUGAACAAUAUUUGGAGAAUUUGAAAGCAGUUUGUUCUUCGUCUGGUUCUUAUUUUAGUCCAUAUGGUGCUGAGCAAUCUCUUCAUGAAGUGAUUGGUAAGCUAGAAGAAUGCUAUGGGGAGAAAAAAGGGAAAAAAUUUCGAAUUUGGGUUGAUCAAGUUUUCCCUUCUCAGCUUGAUUCAAACACAUGGCUGGUGAAGUUCAAGAAGUUGGAGCAAUCUGGUGAAGAGCAAAUGUGUUGCUUUACUACAGUUAUACUGAGUUCAAAGGAUGUGAAACCUUCACAAGGGUUGACUUGGGUGCAUGUGCACCAAACAUGGAUGGAUGGAUCAACCAGUGAUGACAAAAAUUGGUUUCUUUAAGGUUUUAUGCAUGCCUCUCCCGCCUUUGACCUAUCUUAGAUAUAUGUUUAUCUUUGAAAAUAAGUGUAUAAGUUGAAUCUUGUAUUAACAAGGAAUGGUUUUUAGGCCAUAAAUACCAAAUAAUAUG